AAUCUUCUUCUAUCUAUAUCCAUAACUAUACCUACAGAAAGAAAAAGGAAUAAGGAAUCCUAAUUAUAUUAAGAAAACUAAACAACAAUGGAGGAGGGUAGAGAGCAAACACAAACUAGUUAUUGUUCAAAUGAGAUGAAGAUGAAUAAUAAGAAGAAAAAUAAGGGGAAGCCGAGGUUCAGUGACGAGCAGAUAAGGUUGCUGGAGUCAAUUUUCAAGUCAGAGGCGAAGCUCGAGCCAAGAAAGAAGGUUGAGGUGGCAAGAAAAGUUGGACUUGAACCUCGUCAAGUUGGUAUAUGGUUUCAGAACAAGAGAGCAAGAUUCAAGUCUAAACAGUUGGAGCAAGAGUACACUACUUUGAGAGCUCAAUAUGAAACCUUAGCUUCUCAAUUUCAGUCCUUGGAGAUGGAGAGACAAACCUUGCUUUCACAGUUGCACAAGUUGAGUAAAACGUUGGAUGAGUCCCAUGAUAUUGGGCAUACAAGCAAAAACAACAAGUGUGAGACUGAUGAUGAUCAAGUAGUAGUUGAGGGACAUGAUCAUCUAAAAAUGGGUUCCAGGGAAGAUAAUCCUGAGAAUUGUUAUUACAGCUUCGAACCAGGUGGUGGCGGAUUAUUGGACAUUUCAUGUAAUAAUUCCAAGUGGUUAGACUUUUGGGCUUGAUCAAUUCAUCCAUCAUGCAUCAAAUUAAGUUUCAUGCAAUAUAUAUAAUGGAGGAGUUGUUAUAUAUAUAUGCACUCCUUUUUAUAUAAGGGAAGGAAAGACGAUAAAGAGUACAUUAUGAUUAUAAUGAACCCAAUAUUUCCAUACAUCCAAAUCCAAAUAUAUACAUUGAAAAGGCAAGCCUUGAACAGCCUAUUGGGCUAUUGUUUGGGCCAUGUGCAUUCACUUUUCCCUUUCCCUUUUAGGUCUUCAAGAAUGGAUUGGGCCAACAAAGAAAAUUAAAAUUUAAUGAAUGGGCUGCAUCUGACGGAAAACCAAAGGACCUAACUUGGGCUGGGCUGGGCUGGGCUCGAUUAUGAUUUAUCAAUUAAUAAUGAUAUAUCCAUAUAAAACCAAGCCCAACUCAAAACUCAUGCGUUACACUUAGUUAGGGCUACAAUGGUGUUUUGGGGGGUUUCGACUUCGAUAGUUAGCGGCCAUCCAUCGCAUCUUUUCAAUUCUGCCAUUUUCAAGACCUAGAGAGCAGAGGUUUAGGAUUUCAUGUCGGAUCGGAUUUUGCAGCGGAAAAAACCCGAGCUUCCCCGAAACGAAAGAUAAGGUCUAAAUCUUGCACAGGAAUCAGACACAACACAGAAAACUAUGGGUUCAUGGGAUAGGGACCAAACUACACCGCACCGCCCACCUCUCCUCAGCAGCCUUGUUAUACGGCCCUCUGCCAGCGAUGGUGAAGGCACGGGAGGUGUCCGUGCUGGUGGCAGCGAUUACGAGCCUGGUGAAGUCCGUCAUGACCUUCCCCUGUAUUCCCACUCUGAUCGGUAUUCCCAUGAUCGUGGAUUUAGAACGCGUGCAGAUUCUGCUUCUCCUCCACGCCAAAGGGGUGGAGAUCAUCACUAUAGUACCAUCUUUGAUAAUUCUGGUGGUCCACCACGCAGCCGAGAAUUUGCUGGUCGAAGGGAUCCUGGUAGAUAUCGAGACCCUUCACCACCGUAUAUGAGAGGCAGGGGUGGAGGCAGGAUGUUUGGUAGAGGUUUUGAGAGGCCUGGAUUUGGACGUGGGCUUCUUAGGAGGGAGGGGAUGGGUAGAAACAAUCCAAAUGUGCGCCCAAGGGAAGGGGAUUGGAUUUGUCCAGAUCAUCUAUGCAAUAACCUGAAUUUUGCAAGAAGAGACUCAUGUAACAGCUGCAAGAGGUUUCGCUAUGCACCUGGGGGAAGUCCUCGUAGGGGAUAUCCUCGUCCAGUUCCCCCAUUUGCUUCCCAUAGGCGCUUCCCUGGCCUUCCAAUGGAUCUUUCUCCUGGAAGAACUAAUGGCUACCGUUCCCCUCCUCGUAGAGAUUUUGGGCCUGGUGAUCUGCCUCCAGACAGGUAUGAAGGUCAGUUUUCUGAUCUUAGCAUGCGAAGAGAUCAUCUGAACUAUCCAGAAGAUGAAUUUAGGAGGAGGGACAACUUUGAGAGGUCAGUGGAGAUGAAUUGGGGCCAUAGAGUCCGUGGUAGGGAAAAUUUGUAUAAUGAAAGGAGAGAAUUUGAGAGACAGCCACACUCCCCACAUGUAGCAGCAGUAGCACCCCCAGUUUCACCUCCGCCACCAGCUGUACCUCGUGGUAGAUGGGCACGUGAUAUGAGAGAAAGGAGCAGAUCGCCACUCAGGCGCGCCCCUCCUCAGAAAGAAUAUCGCCGGCUGUACGGUGAGUGAGCUUGUGUUUGAUGUAGCAAUGCAGAUGAAAAUUCUUAAAGCUUCGAAGGAAUUAUUUGGAUAUCUCAUGCAGCAAUUCUGAGUGGAUAGAUAAUUUCAGUUGAAAUUGCAUGCUGCUGUUGUUUUUUUUUUUUUUUUUGUUUUUGGGUAAGUGCAUGCUGUUGUUCCCUACAUCGAACACUGUUUUGUUUGAUGGAGGAGCUCCAUCGGAGACUCUCAGUCUCGAGAAGAGAAGGUUUUGCCUUUGUUUGAUUUGGCUGGAAGAGGAGAGGCAAGUUGAGUUGGUGACAAAUUUCAAACGCCUUAGAAUGCCUCAAUGCAUAUGCUUGUUUUCGUAGAGUUAUUUGAUAAGCCAAGUAGAUUAUAUGUUAACACAUUUGGUAUGGACAUGUUACGUGCCCAUCUUGGGUGGUGAUAGAAAAAAUAUGUGCAUGAAUGAAAUCAAGGCUUGCUGUAGGCGUCAUGUCA